GCUAACGUACAUGUACAUGUCACACUGGAUUUGACCUGAAUAAAGAAGACCUUGUCGACGUGUAUCGUGUAUGUAGUGGUUGAAGUGAUCGUUUGGAACAAUUUAUCUCAUUUUCACCUCAUGUAAACAAGACAAUUUUGGUUUAAUACACAUGCAUCAUCUUCUUCAAGUCGUCACCUUCCCAACCCUGGUUACCCAUUCACAACAGAGCAGUCCUAACUUCUAAGUCCACCAUUGCCUCCGAUGAAACCUCACGGGAUCCAUACAGUCCUCACAGUAACAUUAUAGCUGGCAACAACCAGCUCACGGAUACCGGUGACAAGAAAGAGAUGGCCAAUCUAGUGCCUUGGAAUGCUGUCAUUAACCUCGGCAAUAGCAUCAUUGGGGUCAGCAUAUUAGCAAUGCCAUGGUGCUUCCGAGAGUGUGGCGUAGUUCUCGGCAUUGCUUUGUUGUUGUGUGGAGGGUUCAUGACAAAAACCUCGUGCUACUUGCUUCUUCGUGCAUCCAAGGUCAGCAGAAGGCACUCGUAUGAGUUUUUAGCACAUCAUGCACUUGGAGUAGCGGGCAAGAUGCUGGUGGAAUUGUCCAUUAUUGGGCUGUUGAUGUGCACCUGUAUAGCCUUCUUUGUUAUCAUCGGGGAUCUAGCCCCUUCCAUUGUGGCCAGGUGGCUCGGUUUACAGAACUCCUGGCAAUUGAGAUGUUGUUUACUAGUCUUAGUGGCCGUGUUUAUUGUUCUACCUCUUGGAAUGAAGCGCAACAUAGAGAGUCUUGGAAGCCUCAGCUUUAUGUCCAUAUGCUUCUACCUUCUCUUUGCUGCUGACAUCCUUUGGGAUAGCUUACCCAGUCUACUGUCUCUCAAGUGGAUGGAGACGAUGGAUCUUUGGCGGUUGCCAGGGUUACUGAAAGGACUCUCCAUCUUCUCAAUGUCUCUCUGCUGUCAGACGACCCUGUUCGUAGUCUACGAUUCCUUACAAGAGAAAACAGUGAAACAGAUGGAAGCUGUGGUGUCCAAGUCAGUCAACAUGGUCGCCAGCAUCUACAUCCUGGUUGGCUUCUUUGGGUAUGUGUGUUACUACCAAGACGGCGUUAAAGGCGACAUUCUACUCAACUUUCAUCCCUCGCUCGUGUCGGAGAUCUUGAGGAUAGGUUUUACGGUGUCAGUGGCACUGAGUUUCCCCCUCUGCAUUUUUCCCUGCAGGGCCAGUAUUUAUACACUUUUCUGCCAUUCGGCCCACAGUCUUGAGAACCCCCAUGGGGGCGGGGACUUCAUACCUCCCACCAAGUUUAAUCUCAUUACUCUGAUGAUUGUGGCUGCAACUCUCGUGGUUGGAAUAACAAUACCUAAUGUUGAGACGAUUCUGGGGUUGACCGGUGCAACCAUGGGAUCUUUAAUUGGCUUCAUCAUCCCAGCAAUAAUCUAUCUACGUACCACAGGCGUACCCAACAAGACUACCGCCAAGGUCAUUUUAGUACUCGGGGUGCUGCUGUUGGUGUGCAGUACCUAUGACAACCUUAGCACGACGACGACUCCUGAGCUGGAGGUGCCGGCGCAUGCAGUCGGCCAUGUGCCUGACAAGGUGCCCGUGGUACCAGACAAAGUGCCAGUGAAUCCUGAUGUGAAUGAGAAAGGAGACGCGGGUGGUGAUGUCAUCAAAGAAGGAGACAAAGCAGCCAAUCCGGUUGCAGCGGACAAGAAGGAGGGGGAGUUGAAGGAGAAGCCUGACGAGGGAGGAGGCGAUGCCAAGCAAGAAGAGAAGAAAGACAUGCAAGACAUGGUUGACAAACGACAAGAGCCGCCCCAACCACAGGCCCCAGAUUCCAAAGAGAAUGCGGCAGACAAAAAGGAAGAUGUGGGGAUUGUGGACAAGAGAGACCAGCUUCAGGAAAAACCAGACAAGGAUAGCAAAGAGGACAAGAAGGAAGAGGGCAAGGCCGACGGUCCCGAAGGGGAAAAGAAGGAACCGGCUCGUCACAAGGAUGACGUUGACGGUGGGAAGAAAGAAGUCAAAGAUGACAAAGAUGAGAAGGAGAAUGAGGAGAAACGGAAGGAGCUAGAGAAGAAGGAACAGCAGCUGAAAGCCAAGGAGGAGAAUUUGGACAAGAUUGUUGAGGAUAAAUUUGCUGAACAGCAGCAGCAGCAAGAGGAGCAGAAGAAGAAACUUGAAAUGCUGGAGGAGAGACAACAGCAGCAAGAAAAGAUCAUCGAAGCGCAAGCGGAGGUCAUUGAGGAACUGAAAAUCCAACAUCAGGAUCCCCCUGACAUAGGUGGGGGCAUGCCAGUUGGGGGUGCCAUCGAUGAACUGAUGGGCGUGCAGUUAGGCGACGGUCCGAUUGGAGGGCAGGUGGACGUCAACGCGCCCGCCCUUCAAGUAGGCAUGCAGCAACAACAGCAGCCUGUAGUGCAGCAACAACCAGUUGUCCAGCAGCCUGUUGUGCAGCAACAACCUAUAGUGCAGCAGCAGCCUGUAGUGGUGCAGCAGCAGCCUGUAGUGGUGCAGCAGCAACCUGUAGUGGUGCAGCAGCCUGUAGUGCAGCAACAGCCUGCAGUGCAGCAGCAGAUGGUCCCACAGGUUCCAGUCAUUCAGCAGCAGGACAUGCAGCCAGGAUUGCAGCAAGGCAUUGCACCUCGGCCCGGGAUGCAGCAACACGCAGCAGGACAACCGAUGGUUCAGCCAGGCGGAGCCGGACAACCGGUGAUUCAGCAGGGCUUGGCAGGGCAAGCUGCACUCCAACAGCCUGUAGUUGGACAACCAGAUAUUCAGCCAGGUGGUGCUCUGCAAGGUGGUUUAGCACCCCAAGGUGGUUUGGCACCCCAAGGUGGUUUAGCACCCCAAGGUGGGUUAGCACCCCAAGGUGGUUUAGCACCCCAAGGUGGUUUAGCACCUCAAGCUGUUGUACAACCCAUUGACACAGGAGACCAACUUGUGAACAACGAUGCUCACAUCGUUCGACGGGAAGCUCCACUGAAUCCUCAGCUGCAGCAACAAAAUCUUGAUUUAGUGCAGCAACCGCCGCAGCCACAGCAGCAACAGAUUCUACAAAACCAGCAGCAGCUCCCCAAUCUGCAACAGCAGCAGAUUCAGCAGCAGGGGCAAGUCCCCCUCCAGCAACAGGUGGGCGGCAAUUUGCCGGUGCAGCAGCAACAGCUCAACAUGCAAAACCAGCAGCUCAACGUAGCUGGUCAGCAACAACCCUUGCAACCGAAAAUGCCUGGGGAGCAGUUGCAACCGGUGAACUUGCGGGGGGCUGUGGCCCAGCAGCGACAGCUUCUGCAGGGGGAGUCUCCGGGACCCGCCGGAGCAGACGGAGUACCAGACACAAGAGCUGAAGUCGUGGAACAAAACAACAAUGGCAACAUCGGGGAACUAGACAAAAAACAGUUGGAUGGAGAUGUUGACAAGAGUGAACAUGUGGGCAUCGGCAACGGAGAAAACGCUCCCAUGGCGCAUGCCAAUAACCCGAUAGAGGAAAACAGUGAGAGGAAGGGAUCCAGAGAAGAGCAUGUGCGGCUGGAGAAAGAUGAACAGCUGUCCAAAGAGGAACAGGUAGAGAAGAAAGGUGGCCAGGUGGAAAAGGAGACAGGAGAAAAGGGAGAUUCCAAAGUACCUGCCGGGGAAGAGGUCCUUGUGAGAGAAAAGCAUGACGCCCCAGUGUUGAAGGUGCCAGAGGAGCAGCCCAAGCACCCAGCUGAAGAUUUCAAAGAGGAAACGAAGAAGGCCGAAGAGGAGGGUCAUCAAGAGAGGAAGGAUGACAGUGGCCAGAAGCAAGAGACGGUUGAGAAGAGAGAUGGCGACGAAGCCAAAAGGCAGGCAGACAAAGAGGAGGAAGUGAAUGAGCAUGAAGUGAAAUACAAGACCCGGCAGGAGAUGUCCGUCAAAACAACAGAGAAUCUCCAAGACAGGGAGUCUAGUGAAACUGCACCAGGUUUGAAGACAGAUACGCAAACUACCAACAGGGAGUCUGGUGAAACUUCUCCAGCCUUGAAGACAGACACGCAAACUACCAACUCAGGAGGAAAACUCAAGAUUCCCAGUAAUAAAAUCAGCACUCAAGAGACCCAAGGCACCGAUACACAUCUUCAUCAUUUAAGGAAACGUUGGGAACAGCGCCUUAAAAAAUUGAAAUUGCACCCCAGAGCGCAUUGAGUGAAAUCAUUGACAUUAUUAAAAUACUUUCAGCUAAUAUUUUGUACAAAAUACGAACACUUCUAUGAAAAAAAAAAGGAAUAAAAUACUUCAAUCCAUCUCAGAAAAAGUGAUACUUAGAAGAAGUGGAUCAGUUGUCUUGGAACUUUCUUUCAAGAAAUCGCCUGAAAAGACAUCUGGAGUGUCGGACUUUAGUUCAGGCAAAAAAACUCCUCCAGAAAGUUGAACUUGGAUGAAAUGAAUUUCAACCACAGAGACUAUACAGAACCAUUAAUCUGAAAAGAAAUUUAGUUUCCAGUGCCAAGUGGUGAUCUACCUGUUAGCACUUGCCUUCGAGAAGUUUAAUUCCUAUUGUUCAAGCUUAUUACUUUUAAAGUCAGCAUUGAAAAUCUACUUUUCAGAUGUUUCGCCCAUGAAGAUCUAUUUCAGCAUCUACUUUCAGCCCAUCUUCUGAAAAACUUGUCAACCAGACCCUUCACUUCAUCACCCUUUAAGCUUUUUAAUAGCAACUUUCCUCCAUAUUUCCUGUUUUGAGAAUGCAGGAAGUCCUGAAUUUACUCAUAAGCAUUCCAGAGGAAGAGAAAAAACAAUGGGAAAUAUUUUCCCACUAUAGGAAAAUAGUGAACAUAAGAAACAUAUUGUGAUGGUCAGGAAUGUUCAAGAUUUAAAAUUGAAACAAAAAAACUUGACUUUGAAUCUUUCUUUGGAAUGCUGCCUAUUUUAAGUAAAUUAUUUUUCUAAAGUUCAGUUAGCAUUUUUAUUGUGCCUUGAAUGAUAAUUGUUUUUUUUCCGUUUCCGUGUAUGUGUCAGUGUCCGUUUGAUGACGUUGGCUUUGAGAAUUAAAAUGUUUUUGUGCAUGUGUUUAUUUUUAAAUGUUAAUAUAGUUGAACCUCAUAUGGACAAGAUCCUUUGGACUUUCCAAUAACCAGUACAAGAACCUUGUUAUAACAAGACCGUUGUUUUAUCGGGAAUGUAAGACAAUACAAAAACCAUGUCCUUAAGUUUUCCUUGUUUUAAGCAGGACACUGUAUAUUAUAUCAACGGUUCUCUGUUUAUGGUGGUUCAGCUGUACAUAGGUAUUGAACUACUGUUUGCUUUUUGAACAAUACAUCUACCGUUCUGAUGCAUAAAUUGGACUGAUUUACUCGUCAUUUCACAAUGCUUUGCAAAGCUGUUAAUUUGCAUGGCACUGUAAUUCCGCCAUCAAAGACAACCCUACCAUGUUGCACCACAUUCUGUUGUUCAGCAGCCUCCUGGAAAAUUAUCCAAUAGCCGCGUAUAUCUGUGAUUUGGGAUGGCAGCCAUAUAGAUCACAUUUUGUUUUACAGGCAAAUUUGGGGUGUUUUUCCUCCGGGGACUUUUGUUGUUUACCCAUUGAGACGAUAAAAGAAUUAUUUAUCUUUCGGGGGGUUUUGUAUGGUGUUACAUGUAUUUAUUUCUACACUGGGCUGUUGUCAUUGAGUUGGAUGCUGGCAAAUGCGCCUUGUGGUCAACUGAUGAUGCCUUAGCUAUGCAAACCUUUCUACCUGUGCCCAUUAUUUGCAACCCGGACUAGGAUCUGCAUGUAUUUUGUGCUGGAUUUGGAGUUUAGCAUUUGAAACCUACAUGUGCGCAUAUUUUAGGUGUUGUCAUCUUAACAAGGAUAUAUGAUAUUUGGUGUUUUUUCCUUUGAGAAUAUCUGUCUUCUUAAUUUAAUACUGUCAACAGCACAUUUACCAUUUUAAAGCUGCAAGUGAGCAGAGGGCCCUUUUUUGUUAAAAUUAUUUGGGGAUCAACUUGGCAAAAAUUGUACGCUUUAUGAGUAGUGCUGAAUCGUCAUUUAUUGUGACACGUAAUAAAGCAUUUUGUGUAAUUUGUUUCAUAA